UUUUAUUUCGUUGGAAUUAAGUGGUCAAGACAUUUUAAGAAUGUCUUUUAAAUAUAUAAUUUUUCUCUUAUUUAAUUUGGAUUUAUAUCAAAUUGGGAGUUGUAAAGAUGGCUGCCCCGAUAAUCAACAAUUACACAAACAAAUCUAUGAAAUCAAAAAUAUGUUUAAUGAUAUAAAUAUAGAAGAGCUUACGCUAAGCGGGAAUAACGCGCCAUGUAAACCUAUGAAAACCAUAUUUGACAUACGUUUUGAUUCCCUGCCUAAAAAUUGUAAAACAGAUCGCAUACCCCGUACAUGUGCAGAAGCUACAGAAUGUACUUGCUCCACCGGUAUCUAUAAUAUUACAAAUCCCAUUGAUAAGGAAGUAAAUUUGACAGUUUUUUGUGAUAUGAACAACUAUGGUGGCGAUUGGUUAUACAUUUUGAGACGCAAUGAUGGCACUCAAAAUUUUAAUCGCACCUGGAAAGAUUAUGUUAACGGUUUCGGUAAUAUUGCUGGCGAAUUUUGGCUUGGAUUGGAAAAUAUUUAUGCGUUAACAAAUUUCUAUGGACCACAAGAAUUGUUUGUUUUUCUAGAGAGUUUCAAAGAUACCACUGGAUAUGCUCGUUAUGAUAAUUUUCUUAUAGGAAGUGCCAAAGAAGACUACAAACUUGAAUCACUAGGUCAAUAUUCUGGCACAGCUGGCGAUAGUUUGUAUCGAUUGUUAGGAUCUAAAUUUACUACUCUCGAUAAAGAUAAUGAUGAGAUGAAACAAAAUUGUGCUGAAAUUCGUGGAGGCGGUUUUUGGUUUAAGAAUUGUACUGAUGCAAAUCCUACUGCUAAUUAUUUGCGUGGUAGCUAUAGUAAAAAAGGCGCAUAUAAUAUUGGUUCUUAUUGGAAAACUUUUGAGGGAUGCCGUUAUUCUCUUAAAACUAUUAUAUUCAUGAUUCGUCGUAAAAAUGUUUCUAAAUUUGAACCAAUUGCCAAUUAAUUUUACCAUAUAAAAUAUAAAUACUAAAUUUUUAAAUGUUUUCCAAAUUCACAAUUAAUAUUAAUACUUCAAGUUUGUAUAUUCUGACUAUCGAUUGCAAUUACUAAAAUGCCUUUUGCUUUCAUCACUCUAACAAUAUUUGUUAAGAUUAGCAAAUAGUAAAUAAAUAUUUAAUUUUUAAACAUGUUUGAAUUUCUGUAAAUAUCUAAGACAAAGCUUGGACCGCAAACAUACCC